AUGCAGACUUCAACGACGGCCUCGAGCGCCUCUUCCCAGCAUCACAGCUGCCCCUCCUUCCAACGGACAUGGACACCUGCCGAGCGAGACCUUACGCAGCAGUCUCUCCUGGACACGCACCCGCAGCUCCGGGCCUCGGCAAAGCUCAAGUCUCUCCGCAUCAACCUCGACAGCAAGCCGCGGGCAGCAUUCAAGCCCCCGUUUGCGCUCAAGGUGCCGUUUGCCGCGCUGGCGCUGCCAGACGACGAAGACGACGACGACGACGACGGCCCACGCUCACCGGCAGCAAACAGCCAGAAACGGAGACAAGCCCGCCACGACACAGCAGGCGACGUGGUGGUGGAAUGGGUCGCCCUGGUCCGCCGCAUGGACGACCGCGUGCGCCUCGCUGGACUAGCUGCACAAGUCAAUCUGCAGCUCCAGCGUUGCCUUCUUCUUCUCCCCGGCCGCCCUCGUGCCGGACAUCUCGAGCCCCUAUCUGACGGGGUUGACGGGGUUCGACGCCUCGCGGCCAGACAUGGACACGGCGCUGUCCGUGGUGGCCCGGAACCCGUCCAUCGAGGACCUCCACCGCCACCCGGCCUCGCUGCGCGGCAUGGGCUACUGCAAGGCCUUUGA